AUUUCACAGGCUUCAUGAAAAUGAGAUGAGAUAUAAACCUGCACUGUCUGCCUUUGAUUUCCAACAUCUCCUUUACAACCUGACAGAUCUCAGAAUCAGCAAUGCUGGAGGACACAACUACACAUCGCAGCUUGCGGGGGUAACCCUGACCUCAGCUUUCAUCUCCUCUGGUCCAGCAAGUCCUCCAGCCCCAUGGGUAGAAUCUUGUUCCUGUCCCCCGGGUUAUGCAGGCCAGUUUUGUGAGCGUUGCGCCCCAGGAUUCACCCGGGAAGACCCCGGCAGAGGGCCUCUCUCAACAUGUGUGCCGUGCAACUGCCACAAGCAUGGAACCUGUCACCCGGAGACAGGUGUUUGUGAGUGCUCAGACUUCACCACCGGGAUGACCUGUGAGCACUGCCUGGAUGGUUAUUAUGGCAACGCUUUGAUUGGCAUGCCUGGUGAUUGUCAGCCUUGCCCUUGCCCAGACCGCACCAGCUGUGCCCAAAUUGCAGAGACAGGACAGGUGGUCUGUACCAACUGCCCUACAGGACAGACAGGAAUGCGCUGUCAGAUGUGUGAAGAUGGUUACUAUGGUGACCCCCUGGGACAAUCUGGGCCAGCUCGUCCGUGUGUGAGAUGCAACUGCAACGGCAAUGUGGACUUCAACGCGGUUGGAAUAUGUGACCGCAUCACUGGCCGAUGUUUGAAAUGCAUGGGACACACGGAGGGGGACCACUGCCAACGCUGCCAGCGGGGUUUCUACGGCGAUGCCCUGAACCAGACAGUUGGCCAGAAGUGCAAGCCAUGCAGUUGCAAUCCUGCCGGAACCUCUAGGCAUGUAAAUGAAUGCCACCCUCAGACAGGAAAUUGUCAGUGCCUCAGUCAUGUGACCGGAAGGGAUUGCAGUUAUUGUGAAGUUGGCUUCUUCAACCUCCAACCCGAAGUAGGGUGUGAGAGGUGCAAGUGUAAUCCAAUUGGCUCCUCGUCAGUCGCGUGUCAUCCAAUCACAGGGCAGUGUGUGUGUCGUGCAGGAGUGGAGGGGAGACUCUGUGAUUCUUGCCGUGUGGGCUUCUUUGGAUUCUCGUCACGAGGUUGCAGAGCCUGUAACUGUGACCCAAUGGGCUCCAUUUCCAUGCAGUGUCACAGUAACGGUACCUGCCACUGUCGCCAGGGCUUCGUGGGUUAUAAGUGCGACAAAUGCGAGUUAAACUAUUUCCACGCCAGAGAUACACACCAGUGUGAGGAAUGCCCAGUUUGCUAUGGCCUUGUCAAGAAACAGGCAGAAAAGCUGAGGACUCGCCUGCAGGAUUUGGAGAAGCUCUUAGCUCACUUUGAUUGCCGAGGUAGAUUUGGGAAGCAGCACCACCUGCUGAAGUAUCACAUGGCCAAGCUUUAUGAGCAUGAGCACCAGAGGGAGGAUACUCUACCCAAUGCUCUGGAGGAUUUUCUGGCCUUCCAAGAAGCACGGGAGGCCUUCAUAAAACAAUUUUCCUCGCUGGAAGCUUCUACAGGCACACUCUUAGCCCAGCUGCAUGGCAUUACAUCUACUUUGAACUGCAGCAUCAGCAUGACACAGGAAGAGAGGAAGGAGAGCAGGAAGGAUGAAGGGAGCAGGGGUGUUUGUCAAACCUUCACAGGGACGAUUUUCAUGAUCAGAGCAUCUCAACAACAGCUAAAGCGGGCAACAAUGGACCUGGACAACAUGAUAAUUCCUUUUGAGGUGAUGUCAGGACCUAACAAAUGGAACAUUAUGGUCAAUGACUCACAGGUCCUGAUGAAAAGUCACAGAGAAAUGGCAGACCACAUUGAGGCCGUAGCCAGCAGGGCGGUAAGAGCCUCAAAGCAGACCUUCGGUUACCUGAUGGAUCUACUGCAGGACAACUCCACAGAGGAGUACAUCAGGAACCUAACUGAGCAAAUAGCACAAAUGCAGCAGCAGAAGGCGAACCUGACAGCACAGGUGAAUGAUACUGUAGCCAAACAGCUGGCCCUGGAGGAGGAGGCUGCUGGUUUAAAGCUUGCCCUGGGUAACAUCACAUCAUCCUUACAUCAGCUGGCUCUGACAGAUGCCAGCCCAUCAUCAGAGCUUGACCAAACACAGCUCAACCAAACACAUCCAACCAACCGCACAACAGAGUGGGGCGAGGACCUGAUAGAAAAGACAGAAGAGCUGGACCGGCAAAUUCAGACUAAAGACAAUCUCAUCAGUAAGAUCAGAGCGGAAACUGAGUCUGUAAAACAGAACACCAACAAGAAACUGGAGAUGGUGGAUGAUGUCAGCGAGCUGCAAGCUCGCGCUCAAGGGGCAAAGGUCAAGGCUUUGUCGUCAGUGGUGACAGGGAAAGAGGUGGAAUCAGACGUCAUCACACUGCACAAAGAACUAGAAAACAUGGUGAGGGAGUGGCCCCGUCGGCAGGCCCAGACCCACGCUGCAAUAAAGAAGGAAAAACCCCUGGAGGGGAAGGUUCUAGCUGAUGUCAGGAGAAGAGUUUCACAAAUUGAGAAGAUGCUAGAACCAGCUCUGGAGAACUCCAGCCUCUUCAGCAACACAACGAAGGAGGCAGAACAAACAGCACAUGCUGUGGCAAAGGAAUCCAAAGCCAUUCUGACCCAGGCCAAGCAUACAAGGACUGUGUCUGCUCACCUUCACUCCUAUGUAGACUCUGCUUUACAACAGUUAGCUGAGCAAGAGACGCUAACUGACACAGCCAAAUCCCAGAUCACCUCGGAGCCUGAGGUGUCCCUGACCAGCGUAAAGGAGGACAUGAAAGCAGCCAAGCUUCAGUUAAAGGCCUAUUCUGUUACUCUAACUGAGUUAAUCAGCAAGAUUGAUGGGAACGUGCCGCUGGAGAGAUUUGACCGGAUCUUGAACGAGACAGCACGCCGCCUGAGCAUGCUUCGAGGGAGUGUUGAGAGCCCGACACUGGGCUUGAAAAUCCAGAAGCUGCAGUCAGCUGCUAAGGAACAACAGAGCCGGAUGUCCCUCAUUGAACAGGACUUACAGGAGAUCAGGGAAGAGAGAGACAGUCUCAGGGACAUUGCCUUAAACCUGCCUCAGUCUUGCCCCCAGGCCACAGGAACAGGCAAAGGCUAGACACAGUAGAUGACAGUAAUUUGGUCAUUGAUUAGACAGCUGAACAUCAGGAAAGCCUGCGAGGAUUUUGUCAAUAAAAGGGGCUGUGGUCAUUUUUUAUUCUGCUUCAGAAAAAGUCAGUGACAUCCUUUCAUAUUCUUCCCUCUUUCCACCUUUUGCCCCAAGGUACAAUUUAUUUCACCACCUUGAUACAGUGACACACACAUUUCCAAAAGCCACAGACUUAAACACUGUCAGCUAUGAUUUAUACCUUUUUCCUCCUCAUUCUUCUUUUUGUUUUUUUCCUUCAUUUCUUUCUCCCUCUCUCAUUUUUACCAACAACAUCAGAACUUUAAUUUCACCAUGAAUAAUAACCAGCCGCUCUGAACUGCUGGAGUGCACUGUCAAGUUUAAAAUAAUGCUGAUUUUCCUUUGUGGGGGUAAAAGGUGUAUCUGAGUGCUCCUCCAGACUGACACAUUCAUUUACACUUGAGCUCUUUUUCAUCAGCCUGGCAUAAUUAACAAUUAGUCCCGUGGCCUCAGUGGGGUUCAGGUCAGGCUUCAACAGCACAUAACCUGUGUUUGGGAUUCUUACAGUGCCUACCUCUCUGUUUUUGUGGUUUCUCCAUUUUUCUUUCUCUCUGUGUCACUAUCAAAUGGUCAGACAUCCUAUGUCUUGGGGUCACAUGUAAAAGUAAAUGAUAUUUGUAUUACGAAUAUUGUAUUGACUCGUGAAGUGAUGGUAUACCAAAAUUCUGUAAGAGACACAUUUCUCUGUUCUUUUUUUAAUGCUGAAUAACCAAUCAGGUAUCAGACUUAGACAAUUUAACUCAUCCAUGUGUCCUAGUAACAUAUCCACAUCUACUUAAAGUAUUUGUAACCAUGUCUUGAGUAUGUAAGACCUUCACAUAGAAACCAUUACAUAAUGAAGUACACUUGAAAGGGCAUUUUGCAUACUAAAAUGUCCCUAAUUUUUAGUGGACACUAUUGUAAAAUAGUGCAGUGCACAUGGAAAUGGAGGAGCUACUCCCAGUUGAUAAAAGGCUUGAAUUUGUUGAUGGUUCAAGGGAUUAUCAGAAAACAAAAACAAUAAAAAUAAGUAU